AAUAGUUAGAUAAACUGUUUUUCGGGUUAGUUUCAUGAAUGGUCUUUUCUUAAUUUUAAUGACGCAAACAUUUUUUUCUUUCGAGCACAUAUUGUACCGCCUUUGCGGUGCUAAAGCGAUGCUCAUUUUAUUAAACUAGGUUACAGCUUACUUUGUUUAUUGAAGUGAAAACCAUUAUAAAAUCGUAUUUUGAUGUUUUUUAUUUUUAAAGAGAAUAUCCUAUACAAGAUUCGCUUGUCUUUAUAAUAGACGACAUGAAGCGAAAAUGUAUGUUAUGUAGUAAAUGGGGUAGUUAUAUUUUAUUAUAAAUAAAAACACAUUCAUCAUUUGAAGCAUAAUUGUAAGUCUUAUCUACACGGAUAAUUUAAGAUCACCCUACUUUUCAAAAGUUAAAAGCUAGCUGAUUUAAAUUUGUCUUUAUUUCUCGCCCGUGUUGUCGUUAAAGUGUCGAAACAUAAAACAUCCUUUUCAAAAGCUGCGGCCUGGUAUCUCAUCUUCUAUCUUGGGCGUUUACUCAGCUUACAUGCACAUAAGCUGUGUUUAAUGUAUUGAUGUAUACCAUUAAUAUUAGUGAAAAGAGCUCAUUAUGUUCGCAUUUAUAUGUAAUAAUAAUACACGGCCUACUGGGUCGAACUUGAUGUAAAAAUUUUUACUGUUUAAAUACAUUUGGCUGUAAAAACAUGACUAUGAAUUAGACUAUACAAUUUUAAUAUGAAAAUAACAAAAUAAAGUGUUCUAAUUAUGGAAUUUAGAAAUAUUUUACCAGUGUUCAUGCUCCUAAUUUUGCUAGUGAUGUUUUACAUAUUUAUUGAGGAUAAUAAGGAUUCUCGACAAAGUACAGAACGAGCAUUACAUCGUGCUAUGUCUAACUUACAGAUUUUACAGGACCAGAAUUCGGCUUUGAUUUCUCUAGUCGCCGAGACAGAGAGUAAAUUAAAUGCUUGUGACACAGAAAUAAAGAAAUUGAAAUCGUACCUGAUGAAAGCUACAGAAGCGUAUCAAAGAAUGUCGGCAAAAUCGAAAGAGAAUGUUCCCAGCAUGGACGAGGAGAUAGCACGGCGAGAGGUUGAAAGAAGCACGGUUGAGUUCUUACGUUAUAUUAUCACUAAACUGCAAAGUGUCCUCAAACUAUCUUCUGACAUUGUUCAAAGCAAAGAAAUCAAAAAUUUAGCGAACGAAAGUCGUGGAUUUCAAAGAACAUUUAAGAAUAAUAUGUAUAAACUUACAAACACGGCCGACGGCCACGAUGAAUGGCGAAGGAGAGAAUCAGAGAAGCUGGGAAAUCUUGUUCAAAGAAGACUGGAAUAUUUACAGAACCCCAAAGAAUGUGAAAAUGUGAAAAAGCUCUCGUGUAAAUUGCAAAACCAGUGCGGUUUUGGUUGUCAAUUACACCGUGUUGCCUAUUGUCUCAUCAUGGCGUAUGCGACACACAGAACACUUGUAUUACAAUCAGAAGGUUGGUGGUACGCAAGUAAAGGUUGGGCAACCACGUUCUUACCAAUAGGAAAUAACUGCUCGAUAACGCAGUCUCCCAAUGUAACCUGGGAAGACGACCCAGAAGUUGAGAAAGCCCCUGUGGUUUACCUCCCCGGAUUUGAGUUUAUGACCAGACCUCCACGAUAUGCCCCUCUUGCUGUACCAAGUGACCUUGUCGAGAGAAUAUUGCAUUUCCAUGGUGACCCGGCCGUGUGGUGGAUCGGACAAAUUGUGAAAUAUGCAUUAAGGCCAAACCCGGAUUUAGAGGAAUAUCUCAACAUGCGCAAAAAGGAGUUAGAGUUAAAAUAUCCCAUAGUCGGGGUGCAGAUACGUAGAACAGACAAAGUAGAUAGUGAGGCACAAUUUCAUACAUUAGAGGAGUAUAUGGAACAUGUGAAUGAAUGGUUUGAAAUAUAUGAGAAGAGAAAACCAUUAAUCUGGCGGAGAGUCUACAUGGCUACCGAUGAUCCAAGUGUAUUUACAGAAGCAUCUGAAAAAUAUCCGCAGUAUAUAUUUAUAGGUGAUAAAAAUGCAUCAACGUUAGCGUCGUUAAAGACAAGGUAUUCCGAAGGUUCACUUCGUGGAGUAAUAUUAGACAUUCAUAUGCUGUCCUUGUGUGAUUUUAUAGUUUGUACAUUUUCGUCUCAGGUUUGUAGAGCGGCAUAUGAGCUGAUGCAAACAAGACACGGAGACGCUUCACAAAGAUUUAAAUCUUUAGACGAUGUGUAUUAUUUUGGUGGACAAAGAGGACAUCGUUUGAGAAUGACUGAAGAUCAUAAAGUCGAUAACAGUGAACUUACCGAAAAACAAUUACCGGGUUUAAGAGAUCAAAGUGAAUACCCUCGAAGAAGAACAAAAGUAGGACUAGGGAGACCAGGAUAUCAGAACGAUAUGAAACAAACAGACAUAGAAAAUAUUAACCAAAAAAGAUUAAAUCAAAAGGACUUUGGUCAGCAAAAGUUCAAGCAGCAAACAUUGGGUAUGAACGAGUUACAUGUAAAUAAAGAUGAAGAGAUUGAAAUUCAUGGAAAUUUAUGGAACGGUUACUCAAUAGGACAACAUGUCAAAUCUAAAGAAAUUGGAUAUUUUCCGUCCUAUAAAGCAACAGAUAUUUUUCAGAAAGUUAAUAUGCCAACAUAUCCCGAAGUUCUGGAAUCAUAAUUCGUAAAUCACAAAUGUUGUGCUAAAUGUUCGUGAUUUCCAUGCAAUUUAUAAAGAAUGGCUGUAGGGACCGCCAUGUAGCAGGAGAAUAGUUCAGGGUUAAUAUUAGCAUUAUUGUUGUUGUUUCUGUUGUUUGUAUAUUAGUAUUCUUUUGUCGGGUCAAAACACCUAUAAUUAUUUAUUGAUGCAAUAGAUGUAAAAUUACCGGUUAUGUCAGGGUUUAUUAAAUAUUCGCGGGUGCUAAUUUUAUAUAACACAUAUGUAAAGGCUCACAAAAUAAUCAAAUGAGGGAAUUUAGUUUUGAUCUAUGUACGGUAUACGCUCUUGUUGGUCAUCCGUACUCAUUUGACUAACUUUAGCAAUAGGCGUACUUUAAGAGUUAUAUGUUUGAAGUCAUUUUUUGUAUUUAGAUUAUUUCUGACAUAAAAAUUAAUAGAAUAUUUGAAUUGAACAUUUCUGGUAUGAAAACGGAACAGGAAGGUAAGUAUUUAACAUGUUUUCAUGUUUUAUCGUUGGAAAAUGUUUUGCUCAUACAGUCAUUGUUUAUUGACUGACGUCUUUCAUAUUUGAUGGGUUAAGUGGUCUUCUAAGUUUUGGUGGAGUUUGGGGUCAUUUGCCGAGGCCAACUGUUCUAAGAAUAAGAUCUUUACAUUUUCUUACAUGUUUUGAAUUGUAGCAUACUGACCAAAGAGCAGUUUCUACGGAGCAUCCGUCGCCUGCAUGCACAUCAUCGGGGUUUUGCAUAAUUUUUCUUGAGAUAUCUUAGUGUGUACUACAUGUGUGUAUUAUGAAAAUGGUUUAAAUUUGUUUUGCUGAAAUAGUGAACUUCAUAGGUAAUUUUACAAAUGAUUUACAAAAUUAUUUUGUUACUCACAAAAACCUUUACAAAAUUACUCUUAUUUUGUUACUUACAAAAACCAUCUUUUCUCUCCUUGCUGAAUACAGCUCUAGAAUUUUAUCUCUCUGAAAUCAUAUUUAUCAGCUGUCAUUUGUAAAUGUUUUUUUCAGUCACUUAACUUUCUAUAAAAAGGUUAUUAAUUGGAUUCAAUCUCAUUUAUCAUAAACGUAAUUGGUUUUUGAAGUGUCUUUUGCUUAUACCUUUAUUUUUGUAUAAGCACUCAAACGUAGUGGGGUAAUGUUAAUGGUAAUAAGGUGUUUAUAUAACAUUUGAGCCGCGUCACGACAAAACCAACAUAAUGGGUUUGCGACCAGCAUGGAUCCAGACCAGCCUGCACAUCCGCGCAGUCUGAUCAGGAUCCAUGAUGUUCGCUAUCAGUUUCUCUACUCGUUAUAGGGUUUGUAAGCGAACAGCAUGGAACCUCAUCAGACUGCGCGGAUGCGCAGGCUGGUCUGGAUCCAUGCUGGUCACAAACCCAUUAUGUUGGUUUUGUCAUGACACGGCUCAUUUUAUUAUUUAUUUACUUAAAUUGAUUAUUUGGUACAUACUGUAAAUGCUUUGUUAAUUUUGUUAUGAAAUGUGAAAAAAAGGGAUAUCAAAAUUAAAAAAAAAAAUGAAA